AUAAUUCUACAGAUUCACUUGAUAAUAUUGAGAUAUUAUCAACAGAUCUUUUUUACGAAUUAAUGAAUUAUCUAAAUUUUGACUUCAAAAGUAAAUCUAAAUCAAAGUCAGAAUUAUUACAACUACAAUUAGCAAAAAUUAGUAUUCGUGAUCAAAUUGAAAAUACUAUGGAAUUUAUUAGAGUGAAUGUCUGA